UACCGUGUACCGCCCACAUGUCUCAACUAAAGAAACUGUUGGGUAUCAAGAAGAAAUCGCGAUCAACUGAACACGUCGCGGGAGCUGAUCAUGACAACGAAGCUGGCUACACAAACGUAAAAGAAAAGGAUCUUUCAAAACUUCACAAGGCGGCGUGGAACGGCGAUCUCGCGAGAGUCAAACAAGUACUGAACAAAACUGGCAAGAAAGGUGAAGAUAUAAAUCAGCUGGAUAAGCAAAACAGGACGGCACUCCAUUUGGCAUGUGUGCGUGGUCACUUGGACGUGGUGGCCCAUCUUCUCGCCGCCAAAGCAAGAACAAAUCUCUGUGACAACGCCGGCAAACCACCGCUGAUCCGGGCAGUUGAAUGCAAGCAGAUGCGAUGUGUCGAGCUUCUUCUAGAAUAUGGAGCCGACAUCAAUUUAGUCGAUCUUCUUGGUCGUGGAGCACUUCAUGUGGCUGCUCAGUUGGGUGAUGCGAGUGUUGUUGCGUCAUUAUUGGAACGUGGAGCUCGUGUAGAUGCACAAGAUAAGAAUGGGUACACAGCACUUCAUCUUUCUACUGAACACGGCCACAGCAACAUUGCAAACUAUCUUCUACAAGAAGAAGCUCAGAUAAAUUGCACCAACAAGGACGGUCACACUCCACUCAUUAUAGCUGCCAGACUGGGCUUCGUCACUCUAGUUCAUCUCUUUCUCAACAAUCGUGCAAAUACAGCAGUCAAAGACAACCAAGGCUAUACUGCUGGAGACCAUGCUUUGAGUCGAGGCAACACACAGUGUUCUAAUUUGCUUAGGGAUUAUGAGCCUGAUGUACAGAAUGAGACGUCAUCUGCUCGUGGUAUGAUGUCUGCUAGUGGAAGGAGACCGUCUCUGUUCUUGGGUUCACAGCAGGAAUCUACUGGAAUGAGAAGUGGAUCAGUGGGUGUGAUGUUUGGUGGACCGGCAGCAGAUGAGGAAGAUGCUAGUGCUAUGACAGGCGAGCAUUCGCAAGUGGAGAGUGCACGUAACUUGUCGCCUCAUUCUGACACAUGGCAUUCAUCUGAAGAGAGCAGUUUAAUCCAAGACACGACUUCCAAGCCGAAACCAAACUUUGCUGAGAGGUUGUUUGGAACUACUAGUAGUGAACAAACGCCUCCUGUUGGACAUGCAGCUGCUGUGGUGGCUGCUGGUUCUGAUGGGAAUGCAGGGAAGGAUGAGCUGACUGUGAGGACGGCAAAGACGUGGGAAGCUGUUGACAUGGGUGGAACGUCAGAGGAAGACAACGGACACCAGUGGAUGAUGGUAUCUUCACCUCCAGUGCGAACCUCACAAGUUCAGCAGGGCAAUGAGUCUAGGAGCAAUCCUGGGGAUAGUGAUUUUGACAGUGAUGAUGAGAUAGACAAUAGUGAACUUGAUGCACAGGUGGAUGCAGCACUGACUGGAACUGGACCGAAAAUUCUUUCGCUUGGUCAGAAGCAGACGUCCAAUUCAAUUCCAGACACCAGCAAUAUAUCAGAUGUGGAUAAAGUCCCUAGCUUCUCAGUCAGUUUACCUAAGCCCAAUUCCAAGCAUGUCAAUGCCACCCCUAUAAGUCAACAGUCAAACAACCAUGCAGUGAAUGGAGGUGGAUUAGGCAUCGAGUAUGGAAAUGAGGAAAUAUCCUCAUCCGGUGGAGCAACAUCUGAUGAUGAUGAAAACGUCACAGAACUCAUGGACAGCUUUGAUCAAAGAAGACGAGAGAGCGGUUCUAGUCAUGGACACGACUUUAAGUCAUUGAAAGAUCCAGAAUUGGGUUCGAAGUCUUCUGUUAAAACUAGUGGCAGUGAGAAGUCGGGCAGGUCUAAUGGUCAUCGUUCUCAAAGUAAUUUUGCUGGAGGAGAUACACCUAAACUAGUGCCAAUGGAACAGGUUGAUGGGAAAUCUCGUGGACAGGAGGGAAAUGAUGACAACUGGGAUGAUGAUGAUAAUGAUGACGAACCAAGCACAGCAGAUAAAGUUGGAAGUAAGGCUGUUGGAGACAGCAAUGCAGUCAGUGUACCCCUUCACACUCGCUACUUCCAACACAGUGAUGAUGAAGAUGAUGACAUCGAGGCUAUGGCUGCUCCUACAACUAGUACUCAGUCUCGGGUAGUCAGCCAAGAGUUGAAGCCUCAAGAUAAAUUGAUGUCUUCAGUCACUAAUGGGAAGGCUACUUCGGGUGGUUUACUCUUUGGCUCAAUGACAGGAGAUGAAGAAGUAGAAACUGAUUCAGACGUUGACAAUGACAAUGAAGUUGAGAAGGUUCCAUCCCGGUUGACGAGUGGAAAGGGAAUUUCACUAAGCAAUUCCAGAAAUCUUUCGCAAAACGUUGAAAAUCUUGCAAGGAUUGGCAUGGAUUCGAUGGACAAUGGAAGUUUAGAGAAGUCAGUUAGUGAGGAGGCAAGUUUGACUGAAGAAAGUCAAGGGGAAUGGGAAGAUCAACAGCGACGACAGCGUGAGAUUGAUAAGCAGAAAGCACAGCGUCGUGUUGAACGUGACAGAGGAGAUCAUCAUUCUGUAGUUACAGCAGCAUCUGACCAACAUCUGAAAGAUAGAGAACGAGGAACGGAAUGGGAGAAGGAAAGGAAAGAGGAGGAGAGGAGAGAGAGAGCAGAAGCUGCAGACCUCCUCAGGAAAGAACUAGAGGAGAGCAAUCAAGCUGACGAUCAUCACAGUUGGGAUGAGAGUAUUUCAGUUGAGGAGUCACCCCAGGUGGUGAGACACGAGGCAAAUCAAAACAUGAACAGUUUGGAUAUGGAGCAAAGUUCAAGUCUCGUCAGUGAAGGUGAGGGGGACGAUGUUGAGAAAGAGCAAGUUUUGCUUGAACAAGAACAUCAUCAGUUGGAACAAGCUCAAGAACGUAUACUUAGAUCACUGUCUCCAUUGGGACCAAAGAGAUUGCCAUCUAUUGAUCAAACUGUUACUAAAGUUACAACAUUACCACUGCAGUCUGAGAUCAGUCAGGCUGAUGUUCUUCAAGAGCAAGAGAAUAACAAAAAACUAGAAAGAGAAGCUAUUCCAACAUUAGAGAAACGAGUGCUUGAAGCUGCUAAAGACACAGAACAGCAACAGCAGGAAGACAAGAAAGCAGCAAGCUGGGAAGAAGAGACAGAACGGCAACAGGAAGAAGAAAGGCAGCAGCGAGAAAGAAAGAACAGGGAAGAAUUAGAACGGGAAGCUGCUAGAAUGGCUGAGAAACAACAAGAACUUGAAGCAAGAAUAGUUAAAGAGAGACAACAGCAGGAAAGAGAGGAAGAGGAACGAAGGAAACAAGAAAAGACGAAGCGAGAGGAAGCAGAAAAAGAACAACGUCGACUAGAAGAGAAGAGAGUUGCUGAGGACAAAGAAUGGAAACAACGCUUGGAGGACGAUGAGAGAAAGCUCAGUGAAGUAAAAAGGCAGAGGGAGGCAGAGCAACAACGACGUGAGGCUGAGAUGAAAGAGCGUCAAGAAAGAGAGGAAGCAGAAAGACAAUGGCGACUUGAAGAACAUGCAAGAAUGACAAAGGAAGCGAAUGAAAGACGUAAAAAUGAGGAGCUUCGAGUGAAAGAAAUGGAAGAAAGGCUAAAACAACAGCAGGAAGAGCUACGAAGGAUGGAAGUUGAAGCAAGGAAACGACGUGAAGAAGAAGCUGAUAAAUGGCGAAAAGAGCAAGAACAGCGAAGAGAAGAAGAGGCAAGGAGGUGGGCAGAAGAAGCCAGAAAGAGACAGGAAGAAGAGCAACUGUGGGCAGAGGAACAACAGCGACGACGUGAACAACAACUGGCAAAGCUAGAAGAAGAAUCAAGACGACGACGAGAAGAACAAGAGAGGCUUAUCAAGGAAAAAAGAGAGAAAUCGCGACAACUGGAGGCAAAGAGAAUUGAAGAGACCAGAAAACAACAUGAGGAUGAAAUGCAAUUUUGGAGAGAUGAGAAGGAGAGAAGACAGAGAGAUGAGGUGGUAUCUAGUGCCAGCUUUAGACCCUCAACAGCAGAACUAGAGAACAUUGCUGCUCUUCGCCAGCCCGAUGGCAGCAGUCCCCAGCCACCAGUCACCCCACACACUCCGCUGCUACCUGCUGAGAAAGACGUGGUCCCUAAGUCGGUGCAAACGUGGCCUAACCUUGAUUCACUGAGAGACGUGAGCCAUUCUGCAUCAUUGACAAGCUCUAUUCCUGUUGGUGAAGGAGAAUUACUUCGUGAUGUAGACGAUGUUGGUCACAGUGUGGGUGGAGAAAGUGUUAACAGUAGUUCAGUUGGUAGUGACAUACAGCCUCUUGAACCUCGUAACUACUCAUCACGGCUUGGACAUACAGCAGGUUCUCAGCUUCGUUCAACAUCCAGACAAAGUGUAUCUGUGAUAUCUCCAAUUCACUCAUCAGAUCCUGCUACAGCUGUGAGACUCAACGAGACGCUGCGCGAAACACGAAGGCAGCUGGAUAAAGCAAAUGCUGCUCGUUCAGCAUCAGAAAUGUCACAGAGAGAAAUCCAAGCAGAACUGUCUGAUAUGCGAAGGAAGUAUGAUGAUGUCUCAAAGGCAAAAGCAUCUAUUGAUCGUUCUCGUUUGGAUAUUGAAGUGGAGAUGAGAAGCCUCAGGUACAAAUAUGAGCAGGAGCAAGCUGUCAGACAAAGUAGUGAAGUGUUGCUUGGUCAGAUGAAGGAGCAACUGGCAAGGACGGAAGCUAGAUUGAACCAAGAGAGCCAGUCGAGACGGGAUGCUGAGCUGACAAGAAGAAAUGCAGAAAUUGAGCUGAGAGGCACACAAACAACAACCCAACAACUUGAAAGGCAAAUCGAUGAUAUGAAAUUACAGCUGACUCGAGAGCGAGACAGACAUGCUCUGAAAGAGGAAGCAUAUUCAGAACAACUAAAACUUCAUCAGGAACUGCAAUAUGAAGCAAACCAAACUCUUGAGCAAAAGGUGUUGGUGCAGAAUAAUUUAAAGUCUUCAAAUGAGACAUGCCAGGAGCUUCGAGAACUACUAAAUUCAACACAAGCCGAACUACAAACAACAAAGCAACAAGGCGAUAUCGAUCGCAGACAAUACAAAGAACAAGUAUCGGCAUUCGAGGUUGAGAUUGACUCACUCCGAGAAAAGUUGCAAGAGAAAGAGGAUAUUGCGGUGGCAACAGAAUCCGAGUUGGUUGAAAUUCAGCAGAAGUUUGAAGCUCAUGAAAGUGAUUUGCAAUCAAAGAUUGCUUUACUAGAUGCUGCUUUAGAUAGAGAAAAUGGAGCGAGACAAGCUGCUGAGAUGGAGGCGAAUUCAUUGAAAGCUCGUUUGUCAUCCAAAAGUAGAGAAUUAGAGCAUUCGUUGAAUGUAAAUCAAGACAUGGAGAGAGCAUACCAGCAGGAACAGGAACGGUGGAAACAGGAACAAGCAUCUUUACAGCAUGCAAUUACACAGAAUAGAGAGGCAUCACAGACUUCAAACCUGCAGUUGAAUACUGUACAGACGAAGCUACAGUCUCUUGAGAAAGAACUUCAAUCAGCUCGUCUACAGUUGGCUGAACGAGGUGGUCAACUAGCUGCUCAUGGCAAAGAAUCUGAGGUGAGGCAACAACAAGUCUUCUUGUUAGAAGAUCGACUGAGGCAGGAGAAGGAGUCAAACGGUCAACUAACCACAAAAUUAGAAGCUGUAACUGAAAGGGUUACAAAUCUACAAGGAGAGGCACAGUUUCUACGUCAGCAACUUGAUGGAGCUAACAACAAGUUACUAGAGAAAGAUAGGGCAGCACAAGAAACACAAGACAAGUUUACCUUAAUGCUCAAUUCAUUGAGAUCAGAUGCUGAGAAAAGCAAGAAUGAUGGUGAUGAGAGAAGUAGGGAGUUGCUUCAGCAGGUUGUGCAGCUGAAAGAGGAGCUUGCACGAAAUGAGGGUUUAAGUCAUGUUCAUAAGAAAGAGAUGAAGAGGUUGCAGCAGGAACUCAAUGAGAGUGAGAGAAAGCAUGCCAGCUGUGAGGGAUCACUUAGCGAAGUUUCUAAGGCUUUAUCAAGACACAAAAAGGAGAGAGCAGAGAAUGAAAAGACAAUAGUUCAACUGCAAAGCAAGAUCACUCUGUUGGAAGUUGAGUGCUCAGAUUCUAAACAUCAAGUUUCAACACUAACCGAUAGACUCAGCGACAUGGAAAGAGCUGGGAAGGAGUCACUAUACAGGCUUGAGACUGCUGUUUCUGAAUCGGCUCUUCUAACAAAAUCGAAGGGAGAUCUGGAGAGAUGUGUUGGACAGAUGAGUGAGGAACGACACGAACUUGAAGCUGCACUAAAUGCAGAAAAAGAGAAGACACUGCAGCUAAGAGAAGAACUUGUUAAGGGAGACCAAAUACGAGCUCGAUUGGAAUCCAGAGUAAAUGAUCUUAAAGGAGACACAAAUGAUCUCGAUGAACAACUGAAGGAGACUAAAUCUGCUCACUCAUUAGCACUGCAAGAGGCCGAGGAGGCUCGUGGUCUGUGGGAAACAGAAGUGAAGUCACGAUCAAAACUGGGAAUGAAGCUGCUAGAGCUGGAGAAGAACCAGACGCACAUCAGGUCUACAGUUGACAAUGAGAAAAAGCGAACACGGCAUGCAUUGGAGAUGAGACGUGCUGCAGAUUACAAGGUGGAUGCACUACACGACAGGAAUUCAGAACUACAGGAGGAAGUCAGCACUCUAAGAGGUCAACUAAAGGCAGCAAAGAAGAGGCUACGAGAUCUCGAAGCAAGUGACUCACGCAUCUCUACACUUCGUGCUGAAUUUAGUCAAGAGAGAUCAGGUCUUGAAAACAGCAUGAAACUACUACAACAACAGUUGGAUCAGACUCGACGGCAGGCAGUGGAGGAAGGAGACAGAAGACGACGAAUUCAACAUUCAUGUGACAAAACUAAGGAUGAGUUUAUCUCAUUGAAGAAUCAGGCAGCAGUGUCUGAGAGAAGGGAACGAGAGCAUGAACUUAUGUGUCGUGAGCUUCAGAGAGCGAAUCGAAGUCUUGAGGAAGAACUAAUGCGAAUGAAAGCAUUGAUUGGCACAGACUUUAUCAAUAGAGGUGAAAUGGAGGCAUACAGGAAGGAUGUUGAAUCAAAAGCUCGAGCGGAGCUGAAUAAGAAACUUGAAGAAGUGAAUUCUCACUUGGAAGAGCAGUCUCUAGCACGAAACAACAUGGAGAAAUCACGCAUUGAAGCAGAGUCUAGGAUGAGGCUUGAACAUGAAAAAUCGACUACCGAUUUAAAGACUGAAGUCACUAGACUGAGAAGCAGCGUUCAUGAUGCUCAAGUGAAACUAGAGACUGCUAACUCUGAAGCAAAGAGAUAUAAAUGUGGAAAGGCAGCGAGCACGACGUAUCCUUGACUCAUCCGAAGUGCCAUCGGCGACAGCCCACAGAGUAGCCGUGGGUCGAUCGUCUGGUGUAACACCCCUUAGGCGUGACCAGCCCACAUCAGACGAUCUUCUUGCCACUGUGAAAGCAGAACUCGAUCGAAGUGUGAAAAAACAUCUCCAAACAGCUCCCUUGCCAGAAAGCAGCUUUCUCCCAUUGAGCAAUGGAGACUUGAGUUCAUCGUCGAAAGAAAGACAUUUAUUGGACCUGAAACGAAAUUAUUUCGUUUGACCCUUAAUUGUAUUAAAGGGUGUGAUAGAUGGUGGAUCAGCCCUAUGUAAGUAUAGGGUAUUGCUUAGCUGGCAGGUCUACCAUUGUUUUUCUAAGAAGUCGUAUCUAGAUGGUAUAAUAAGAUAACAUUAAUAUCUAUAAUCAA